AAAGUCUCGAAGCCGAUGUGACUUGCGUAUGCAUGAAAAACAUUACAUUGGGUUAAUUCCAUGAUGUUAACUUUGCCACAAGCCAAUUUUGGAAUGUCGUAUAUCAUCAAUUUUACCGUUUCAUCUACCUACUGUUGGCGUCAACAUAGAAAUUGGUCAUUUGUCAUUAGUAAAUACAUAGGUACCUGCUUGUCAGCGUGUUUGUCGAGCAAGAUAUCGCAUACCAGAAAUAAUUAGGUAUAAUGCGCAAAGAAUCGGCACAGAAAUAUGCAAAAAGUUGCAUGUUGCCUAAAAAUAUACUCGCACGACGUCUCAACAAUUAUGUCAAUAUCUCAAGCAACGGAUGCAGGAAAAAAAGUGUCGGGAAGGGGACGUAUAUAUAAAACUGAACUUCUUUGCUAAUUUGAACAGUGCAUUCGUUUCACAAUUUUGGUGAAAAUUAAAUUGUGCACAUCUCUCCAUUGACCAUGGACGAAGAAGCGCAAAGGUUGGCUAUAAUGAGGAAGGCAUUUCAAAUGUUCGACAACACAAAAUGCGGAUUUAUUGACACAGUCAAAAUUUGCACGAUAUUGAAUAGCAUGGGCCAGCUGUUCGACGACAAAGAGUUACAGGCGCUAAUAGAAGAAAACGAUCCGGAUAAUGUCUGAAAAGUCAACUUCGACGGUUUUAUCGCAAUUGCCUCCCACUUUUUGGAGGAGGAGGAUGCGGAAAGUACACAUCAAGAGUUGAAGGAAGCUUUCAGACUAUACGACAAAGAAGGUAACGGUUACAUAACAACCGGUACUUUAAAGGAAAUUUUGAAAGCCUUAGAUGACAAAUUAACUAGUGGAGAAUUAGACGGUAUUAUUGCCGAAAUUGAUACUGAUGGAUCCGGUACUGUUGACUUUGAUGAGUUUAUGGAAAUGAUGACUGGAGAUUAAAAAUUACAAACCCAUUAAACUACAGUCUAGCAAUAAGUAUUCAAUUUAAGUAAUUAUCUCUAAUAAAUGUGAUUUUUUC